AUGGCGCCUCCCUCGACCGCAUUCCUUUACUCCCUGGGUCAUAAUACCGUGGGAAAGGCAGAUAUCGCUGUUCAGUCGGUCCUUUUAGCUUUGGUUUUGGUUUUCGUCGGGCUGCGGGUAUGGUCGCGACGAUUGCAGUGUCUUUCGCUGCAAUGGAAUGAUAUACUGAUCCUAGUUGCGACUUUCUUUGUGGUUGGUCGCUAUGCGGUGGAAAUCAUCAUGGUCGUGCUGUGUGGACUGGGCCUGCAUUCCACCGAACUAGCCCAGGUCGGAGGGUUGGAGGUUUGGGUCCAAUUCAACGAGGUAAGUCGUCAGGAGCCUCGGUUUGAUUCAUGUCGAUUAAGUCUAUUAAACCAACACUACCAUCAGCUUACAUACGCGGGUGAUCUUCUCUGGGUGACGGCGAUCGCCGUGAUCCAGUUGUCAAUUCUCGACUAUUAUGUGCACACCUUUGGUCGGCGCACUAUGACCUUGCUGGCAGCUGUCAUCAUGGGUCUAUGCGUUGCGCUUUGGUUUGCAAGCUUCUUUGCAACGGCGUUUUUCUGCACCCCGCCGAAGAAAAUAUGGCUUGCCGAUAAUCCAGGUCAUUGCGGUGAUCGGAAAAUGUUGAAUACGGGUGUCAAUGCGAGUGAGAUAAUUCUCAGCUUCUUUGUGGUUAUUCUUCCCAUACCCUUGAUGUGGAAUUUGCCCUUGUCUAGGACUAGGAAGACUGCACUGGUGUGCAUCCAAGUGUUAGGGCUGGCCAUCAUUGCCCUUAUCCCUAUCCGCGCGAAAUUCAAGUCCGACCUCGAUCCUGAAGGCCCACCCUAUGGCUCUGCCGGGCAAUCAAUGAUUUCAUGCAUCGUGCCUCUUCUGGGAAUAAUUGUGGCUUGUCUCCCAACUCUGGAGCCAGCCAUUCAAAGGAUCUUCAGGAUAUCAACGCAUCCAGCUUCAUCCCCUACGUCUGUAUAUGAUCCAAACUUGGCGAAUUAUUGGAAGGCGACGGUCCUUUCAUGUAGGGGGGUAGAGGAACCAGAGAUACCUCUGGUCACUCUUACGCAGCCGCUCGUGGCCAAGAUAGGCUAUUUUACUCCGGGUGGUAUUCAGGUUACCUCACAUUGGGAGAUUCAUUCAUCGCGGGGUUCGACAAGACUUGAUAGAUCACCCGUGCGGCAGACCUGA